AUGCUCAUCAUCGGCGGCAGCGUGCUCGUCAUCGGCCGCAAGGUGCUCGUCAUCGGUCGCAGCGUGCUCAUCAUCGGCCGUAGCCUGCUCGUCAUCGGCGGCAGCUUGCUCAUCAUCUGCCGUAGCCUGCUCGUCAUCAGCCGCACCCUGCUCGUCUUUUGCCGCAGCCUGCUUGUCAUCGGCCGCAGCCUACUCGUCAUCGACCGCAGCCUGCUCGUCAUCGACCGCAGCCUGCUCGUCAUCGGCCGCAGCCUGCUCGUCAUCGGCCACAGCCUGCCCGUCAUCGGCCGCAAUGUGCUCGUCAACGGCCGCAACUUGCUUGUCAUCGGCCGCAGUGUGUUCGUCAUUGGCCGCAGCCUGCUCGUGGUCGAUCGAAGUGUGCUCCUCAUCGCCAGCAGCCUGCUCCUCAUCAACCGCAGCCUGCUCGUCAUCGGCCGCAGCCUGCUCGUCAUCGCCCGCAGCCUGCUCAUCAUCGGCCGCAGCCUGCUCGUCGCCGGCCGUAGCCUGCUCGUCAUCUACCGCAGCCUGCUCGUCAUCUGCCGCAGCCUGCUCGUCAUUAGCCGCAGUGUUCUCAUCAUCAGCCGCAGCCUGCUCGUCAUCGGCCGCAACCUGCUCGUCAUCAGCCGCAGCGUGCUCGUCAUCGGCCGCAGCGUGCUCGUCAUCGGCCGCAGCGUGCUCGUCAUCGGCCGCAGCCUGCUCGUCAUCAGCCGCAGCGUGCUCGUCAUCGGCUGCAGCGUGCUCGUCAUCGGCCGCAGCCUGCUCGUAAUCGGCCGCAACCUGCUCGUCAUCGGACGCAGCCUGCUCGUCAUCGGUCGCUGCCUGCUCGUCAUUGGCCGCAGCCUGCUCGUGAUCGGCCGCAGCCUGCUCGUGAUCGAUCGCAGUGUGCUCCUCAUCGCCAGCAGCCUGCUCGUAAUGGACCGCAGCCUGCUCGUCAUCGGCCGCAGCCUGCUCGUCAUCGCCCGCAGCCUACUCAUGAUCGGCCGCAGCCUGCUCAUCAUCGGCCGCAGCCUGCUCGUCAUCGGCUGCAGCCUCCUCAUCAUCGGCCGCAGCUUGCUCGUUGUAGGCCGUAGCCGUGCUCGUCAUCGGCCGCAGCCUGCUCGUCUUCGGCCGCAGCCUGCUCGUCAUCAGCCGCAGCCUGCUCGUCUUCGGCCGCAGCAUGUUUGUCAUCGACCGCAGCCUGCUCGUCAUUGGCCGCAGCUUGCUCUUCAUCGCCCGCAACCUGCUCGUCAUCGGCCGCAGCCUACUCGUCAUCGGCCGCAGCCUGCUCGUCAUCGGCCGCAGCCUGCUCGUCCCUGCUCGUCAUCGGCAGCAGCCUGCUCAUCAUCUGCCAUAGCCUGCUCGUCAUCAGCCGCACCCUGCUCGUCUUUUGCCGCAGCCUGCUUGUCAUCGGCCGCAGCCUACUCGUCAUCGACCGCAGCCUGCUCGUCAUCGGCCGCAGCCUGCUCGUCAUCAGCCGCAAGCCUGCUCGUCAUCGGCCACAGCCUGCCCGUCAUCGGCCGCAAUGUGCUCGUCAACGGCCGCAACUUGCUUGUCAUCGGCCGCAGCGUGCUCGUCAUUGGCCGGAGCCUGCUCGUGGUCGAUCGCAGUGUGCUCCUCAUCGCCAGCAGCCUGCUCCUCAUCGACCGCAGCCUGCUCGUCAUCGGCCGCAACCUGCUCGUCAUCGCCCGCAGCCUGCUCAUCAUCGGCCGCAGCCUGCUCGUCGCCGGCCGUAGCCUGCUCGUCAUCUACCGCAGCCUGCUCGUCAUCUGCCGCAGCCUGCUCGUCAUUAGCCGCAGUGUUCUCAUCAUCAGCCGCAGCCUGCUCGUCAUCGGCCGGAACCUGCUCGUCAUCAGCCGUAGCGUGCUCGUCAUCGGCCGCAGCGUGCUCGUCAUCGGCCGCAGCGUGCUCGUCAUCGGCCGCAGCCUGCUCGUCAUCAGCCGCAGCGUGCUCGUCAUCGGUUGCAGCGUGCUCGUCAUCGGCUGCAGCCUGCUCGUAAUCGGCCGCAACCUGCUCGUCAUCGGUCGCGGCCUGCUCGUCAUUGGCCGCAGCCUGCUCGUGAUCGGCCGCAGCCUGCUCGUGAUCGAUCGCAGUGUGCUCCUCAUCGCCAGCAGCCUGCUCGUAAUGGACCGCAGCCUGCUCGUCAUCGGCCGCAGCCUGCUCGUCAUCGCCCGCAGCCUACUCAUGAUCGGCCGCAGCCUGCUCAUCAUCGGCCGCAGCCUGCUCGUCAUCGGCUGCAGCCUCCUCAUCAUCGGCCGCAGCUUGCUCGUUGUAGGCCGUAGCCUGCUCGUCAUCGGCCGCAGCCUGCUCGUCUUCGGCCGCAGCCUGCUCGUCAUCGGCCGCAGCCUGCUCGUCUUCGGCCGCAGCAUCUCGUCUUCGGCCUUCGGCCGCAGCCUGCUCGUCAUCCGCCGCAGCGUGCUCAUCAUCGGCCGCAGCCUACUCGUCAUCGGCCCCAACCUGCUUGUCAUUGGCCGCAGCCUGCUCGUCAUUGGCCGCAGCCUGCUCGUCAUCGGCCCCAGCCUGCUCGUCAUCGGCCGUAGCCUGCUCGUCAUCGCCCGCAGCCUGCUCGUCAUCGCCCGCAGCCUGCUCGUCGUCGGCCGUAGCCUGCUCGUCAUCGGCCGCAGCCAGCUCGUCUUCGGCCGCAGCCUGCUCUUCAUCGAUCGCAGCCUGCUCGUCAUCGGCUGCUGCUUGCUCGUCAUCGCCCGCAGCCUGCUCGUCAUCUGCCGCAGCCUGCUCGUCAUCGGCCGCAGCUUGCUCGUCAUCGCCUGCAACCUGCUCGUCAUCGGCCGCAGCCUACUCGUCAUCGGCCGCAGCCUGCUCGUCAUCGGCCGCAGCGUGCUCGUCGCCGGCCGUAGCCUGCUCGUCAUCGGCCGCAGCCAGCUCGUCUUCGGCCGCAGCCUGCUCGUCAUCUGCCGCAGCGUGCUCAUCAUCGGCCGCAGCCUACUCGUCAUCGGCCCCAACCUGCUUGUCAUUGGCCGCAGCCUGCUCGUCAUCGGCCGCAGCCUGCUCGUCAUCGGCCGCAGCCUUCUCGUCAUCGGCCGCAGCCUGCUCGUCAUCGGCCGCAGCCUGCUCGUCAUCGGCCGCAGCCUGCUCGUCAUCGGCCGCAGCCUGCUCGUCAUCGGCCGUAGCAUGUUUGUCAUCGGCCGCAGCCUGCUCGUCAUCGGCCGCAGCUUGCUCGUCAUCGCCCGCAGCCUGCUCGUCAUCGCCCGCAGCCUACUCGUCUUCGGCCGCAGCCUGCUCGUCAUCGGCCGCAGCCUGCUCGUCGUCGGCUGCCGCAGCCUGCUCGUCGUCGGCCGCAGCUUGCUCGUCGUCCGCCGCUGCCUGCUCGUCGUCGGCCACAGCGUGCUCGUCGUCGGCCGCAGCCUGCUUGUCAUCGGCGGCAGCUUGCUCGUCAUCGGCGGCAGAGUGCUCGUUAUCGUCGGCAUCAUGCUCGUCAUCAGCCGCAGCCUGCUCGUCAUCGGCCGGAGCCUGCUGGUCAUCGGCCGCAGCCUGCUUGUCGUCAGCCGCAGCCUCCUUGUCAUCCGCCGUAGCCUGCUCAUCAUGGGCCGCAGCUUGCUCGUCAUCGGCCGCAGCCUGCUCGUCAUCGGCGGCAGCCUGCUCGUCAUCGGCCGUAGCCUGCUCGUCAUCGGCCGCAGCCUGCUCGUCAUCGGCCGCAGCCUGCUCGUCAUCGGCCGCACCCUGCUCGUCAUCGGCCGCAGCCUGCUCGUAAUCGGCCGCAGCUUUCUCAUCAUCGGCCGCACCCUACUCGUCAUCAGCCGCAGCUUGCUCGUCGUCGGCCGCAGCUUGCUCGUCGUCCGCCGCAGCUUGCUCGUCGUCGGCCACAGCGUGCUCGCCGUUGGCCGCAGCCUGCUUGUCAUCGGCGGCAGCGUGCUCGUCAUCGGCGGCAGCGUGCUUGUCAUCAUCGGCAUCCUGCUCGUCAUCGGCCGCAGCCUGCUCCUCAUCGGCCGCAGCCUACUCGACAUCGGCCGGAGCCUGCUCGUCAUCCGCGGCAGCCUGCUCGUCAUCGGCCGCAGCCUGCUCGUCAUUGGCCGCAGCCUGCUCGUCAUCGGCCGCAACCUGCUCGUCAUCGACCGCAGCCUGCUCGUCAUCAGCCGUAGCAUGCUCAUCAUCGACCGCAGCCUACUCAUCAUCGGCCCCAACUUGCAUUGUCAUUGGCUGCAGCCUGCUCGUCAUCGGCCUCAGCCUGCUCGUCAUCGGCCGCAGCCUGCUCAUCAUCGGCCCCUGCUCAUCAUCGGCCGCAGCCUGCUCGUCAUCGGCCGCAGCCUGCUUGUCAUCGGCCGCAGCCUGCUCGUCAUCGGCCGCAGCCUGCUCGUCAUCGGCCGCAGCCUGCUCGUCAUCGGCCGCAGCCUGCUCGUCAUCGGCUGCAGCCUGCUCGUCAUCGGCCGCAGCUUGCUCGUCGUAGGCCGUAGCCUGCUUGUCAUCGGCCGCAGCCUGCUCGUCUUCGGCCGCAGCCUGCUCGUCAUCGGCCGCAGCGUGCUCGUCUUCGGCCGCAGCAUGUUUGUCAUCGGCCGCAGCCUGCUCGUCAUCGGCCGCAGCUUGCUCGUCAUCGCCCGCAACCUGCUCGUCAUCGGCCGCAGCCUACUCGUCAUCGGCCGCAGCCUGCUCGUCAUCGGCCGCAGCCUGCUCGUCGUCGGCCGUAGCCUGCUCGUCAUCGGCCGCAACCAGCUCGUCUUCGGCCGCAGCCUGCUCGUCAUCGGCUGCAGCCUGCUCCAAUCUACACACACACACACACACACACAUGGUGCGCACAGUUGGGAUGCGUGA